AUGCUUUCAUUUAUUUUCGGCGAAAACACUGCCUCUUUUCUGCCAUAUUUUCUGCUACUGUUAUACUUUUCCGGUAAUGCUGUCGCCGGAACAAUCUCGUUUGACUUCCAGUCACUUUCUCUGAGUAGCUUGAAGCUCCUUGGUGAUGCUCACUUGGUCAACACGAGCAUCAUGCUCACUCGUGAGCUCGCUGUUCCAAACUCCGGUGCCGGAGGAGUUCUGUACAACAAACCUAUCAGGUUCAAGCGGCCUGGAACCACGAUUCCGGCGAGCUUCACCACUUUCUUCUCGUUUUCGGUUACCAACUUAAACCCAGGUUCGAUUGGUGGUGGUUUGGCUUUUGUGAUCUCGCCGGGCGACGAAGACACAGGGGACGCCGGAGGGUACAUGGGUAUUCCGACUGGCGCCAUUGCUAUCGAAUUUGAUACCUUAAUGGACGUUGAGUUUAAAGAUAUUAAUGGAAACCAUUUGGGUGUGGAUCUUAACUCGAUGAUUUCAGCCGACGUUGCCGAUUUGGAUUCCGUCAACAUUGAUCUGAGAAGUGGCGACCAGGUUAACUCGUGGGUGGAGUACAACGGCACAACUCAGCAACUCAACAUCUCGAUUUCAUACUCCAACAUAAAACCAAGCUCUCCAGUCCUAUCCGUCCCCAUGGAUCUCAAUAAAUACGUGAACGAGUUCAUGUUCAUCGGAUUCACUGGGUCCACUCAAGGCAGCACUGAAGUCCACUCGGUUGAAUGGUGGACCUUCAACUCAUCAUUUGAUGACGCACCACCACAUCCACCUCCACCAACCGCCAAUUUCACGAAUCCUGCCGCUGACUCAGUCAAGAUUCCACCACCAUCGAUAGCACCAACCGAGUCAAACUCCACUCAAACCCACCAUUCUACACAAAAGAAGAGCAAAUGUAAGAACCAGUUAUGCAAAGAAGGUGCAGGGGCGGUGGUGGGGGUGGUGACUGCCGGUGCAUUUGUUUUAGCCGUGUGUACGCUCUUACUAAUAUGGGUCUACUCCAAGAAAGUCAAAAAUACAAAAAAGCCACAACCUUUUGCUUCUGAAUUUAUAAAAGCCCCCAAAGAAUUCUCAUACAAAGAGCUUAAAUUAGCCACGAAAGGCUUCGACCCCACACGAGUAAUCGGACAUGGAGCAUUUGGGACUGUUUACAGGGGUGUAUUAUCAGAUUCCGGCGAGAAUAUCGCCGUUAAGAGGUGUAGUCAUACCGGUGGUCAGGGUAUGGCUGAGUUUCUAUCAGAGCUAUCGAUCAUCGGAACUCUCCGGCACCGGAAUCUUGUGAGAUUACAAGGUUGGUGUCACGAAAAAGGUGAAAUUUUGCUGGUUUAUGACUUAAUGCCAAAUGGGUCACUUGAUAAAGCACUUUUUGAGUCAAGAAUGACUCUCCCGUGGGUUCACCGGAGCAAAAUCUUAAUGGGUGUAGCCUCUGCUUUAGCUUAUUUACAUCAAGAAUGCGAAAAUCAAGUGAUUCAUAGAGAUGUAAAGACUAGUAACAUAAUGUUAGACGAAGGGUUCAACGCAAGAUUAGGAGAUUUUGGGUUAGCCCGAAGAACAGAGCACGAUAAGUCUCCAGACGCCACAGUGGCCGCCGGAACCAUGGGAUAUUUGGCACCGGAAUAUUUAUUAACUGGUCGAGCGAGUGAGAAAACAGACGUUUUUAGCUUUGGCGCGGUGGUGCUUGAAGUGGCUAGUGGCCGGAGACCGAUUGAAAGGGAAACCACCGCGGUGGGGAAAACCAGGGAGAAUAGUAAUCUGGUAGAGUGGGUAUGGGGUUUGCACAGGGAGGAGCGGUUGUUGUCGGCGGCGGACCCACGGUUGUCCGGCGAGUUUGACGAGACACAAAUGCAUAAAGUAUUGUUGAUUGGGUUGGUGUGUUCUCACCCUGACCCGGCGGUUCGACCCACAAUGCGAAAUGUGGUUCAGAUGCUUGUGGGUGAGGCUGAGGUCCCUGUGGUGGCGAGGGCAAAACCGUCAUUAAGCUUUAGCACUUCGCAUUUGUUAUUGAAUUUACAAGAUAGUGUGUCUGAUUUGAAUGAAUUAGUUGCCAUUUCAACCUCCUCAUCAGAACACAGCUUCAAUGGUGGCGGGUUGGACCUGGUUUAA